GAGAAGCGAAACUUCUUGAAUCUGAUUAAUGUUCGGAGUAUAAAACUUACGGUCAAUUAAAAUUCACAGAUGAUAUUUGUUUCCGUAAGACGUAUUUCUUAAUAGAAAAUGGAUUCAUUUGGAACAUUAGACGUCAAAUGGGCACAGGGUUACAAUGGCUCACAGGCAAGCUUUGUCAAUAAGAACACACUCUGUCAUUUGUGUGGAAACAACAUCAAGUUCAUUGACAUCACCAAUAACAAGGAGACCGUCUUUCCGUCUCCUGGAGAUGGAGUCGGCGCCCUCGCUGUCAACGGAACGCAGCAUCUGAUAGCCUUCUCGGAGAUGUGCCUCAAUCCAAGGAUCUUUGUCUAUUCCUAUCCAUCUCUCGUCAAGAGAGCUGAGUGCAAAGGGGGAGCAAAGUUGGAAUACUCAGCCAUAGCUCUCUCCUACACACAUCCAUAUAUGGUGAGCUGCUCAGGGAUUCCAGAGUUCUCUGUAUUUCUAUGGAAUUGGGAGACUGGACAGCUGUUGUGUACGGAGAUGAUGAAUGGCUUGACUGCUACUCAGGUAUCCUUCAACCCAACAGACUGGCAUAAGCUGUGUGUAGUAGGACCUAAACAGCUCUGUGUAUGGACCAUUGAACAAGCUGAUACCAUGUAUCAUAUGACUUCAAGCAAAUUCACCCUACCCUAUGAGAACGGUCCUGAUGCUACCACGCCCCACCCCCGUCUACCAAGCCGAGCCGCCUCUCAAUACACCAGUAUCCCCUAUGACCUGGAGCUAGAUGACGCAGCUGUGGCUGGGCUGGUGGGUGAUCUCGCUGUGGACUUUGAUGCAGGUAUCUUUGAUGAGAAUAGCAAAAAGGUGAUCCCUGCAUCUCAUUGCUGGACGCCUACUGGAGAUCUGUUCUGCGGCUGCCAGGAGGGACAGCUCCUGAAGGUGGAUACAGAGCUGAACCACAUCAAAACCCUUGCCCGACCUACCGCCAGCACUACCAGUCUAAGGAGAGAGGUCUCCCUGCUCAGCACACUGGACAAGCGCAUGCCUAGUAUGCCUGAAGAUGGUGAAGACAGGUCUGUAAACCCUGGUUCUGUUCUAACGGAGGGAAGCAUGGCUGCGCUGGCCCUGCACCGGGACGGUCUGUUCUGUGGAGGAGAUGACGGGAUCCUUCGAUGCCUGGAUAUCACCAAGAAUGUGGUCCAGGUCCAAGAUAGCUUCACCGUGGGCUGUCCAAUCUCAUCACUAGGCUGGUCUACUGACUACACCAAGCUGGCCGUCGGUAGCUCCAAGGGCUCAAUUUACAUGUAUGACCAAUCCAACCCUGGAACGGCUGAACCUGUGCUGGAGUCUCACUUUGGUAACUUUGUGGGUGUGUCCGUACUGGCUCCUGGUACCACGCACUGUGCGUCCGUGAGAGAGAAUGGAGAAGUACAGAUCUGGAGCUUGGAAGACUGUCAGGUCAUUGGAAGUGUCUCUAUCAACACAACUGCAUCAUGCAUUGCGGCAAGUCCAUCUUCAAGCACGAUUGCUGUAGGUACACUGUCCGGUCAUAUCUGCUUUGUGGAUGCAUCACGCAUGGAGCAGCCUCGUUUGGUCAAGAAGCAUCAUGUCCAUCGACUGCCGGUCAAUCACAUCAACUAUGACACGGAGGGACGCUUUGUAUUCUCAGCUGGGGAGGAUGGGCAUAUCAUCACCACCGAUGCGAGACCUUCGACCGAAUUCAAGAUCCUUGCACAGACUCCUGUGACUGGUAAUGUCUUCAGCAUUGCUACCAGUGUAGAUGAGAAACGAGGACCAGUCAAGGUGGUAGCUAUCAUCAAUACCGACCCCUCUAUCAAUACCGGUGCAGACAAGCUUGUGGCUUUUGAUGUUCCUGGAAACUUAGCAGAUGACUUACCUAACAUCCUUGCCAGUCCCAACUGUGACUUCAAAGAGGAUGUAGUGAAGAAGAUGGUGUUGACUCUACCCAAGCAUGCUAUGAGUGUUGCUGUAGGGGCUGGUGGUGAAGUCUACACCCUGUCUAUCAGCAAACAGAUCCAGAAGAUGACUCUACCCAAAGACCCUCCAAAGCAGAACAAUGUUCAAGCCUGUCAGCUCCAGUCUGAAGCCGACUACCCAGUCCAUGACCUGGCCGGGGGCACCCUACUCCUCUCCUAUCACAAACGCUGGCUCCUCUCUGCCUCCCCCGACGGUAAGAUGACCAUCCGAGAUACAGACGCAAUGGAGAGCCCGUUUAAUGUCCACUGCCAUAGCUUCCAGACUGGUGGCAUCUAUAGGAUGUGCUUGACCCAAGAUGCCACUCAGAUAGUAACCACAGGGGCUCAGGAUGGUACCAUGACGUGCUAUGCAUGGAACUUCAACUCCAUGGGUAAGACCAAGGCAAACUCUGCCAUUGAGGCAGCACGCUCCCAUAAGUCAAUGCUCCAGGCUGUGCGCAAACGAGAGGAUGAAGUUCUUCAGUCCAUGAGAGACUGGUCUCCUCAUUCUAUGGUGGGUUCCAGGACAGCAUCUCAUGAGCUCAUCAGUACAUCCAAUGAGAGUAUGACAAUUGAGAAGGCGAUUGAAUCUGAUCAGAUCUACAUGACUCCAACCCCUACCUUGUUUGGGGAUCCAGCCUGGAUGGAUGUCAAAGAAUUAGAGGCUCUGCAUGAUGAGGACAAACAGUAUGCUACUGUCAAGAAAGAUUUGAGAGGAGAGAUCAGAGAUCUUCGUAGGACGAUCCAAGACAUGAUGAAAGUAAAUGAAAUACUCCCUGACAUUGAGAUGUUAGGUCAAGAUGAGUUUAAUCUGGACACUGAAGAACAGCGUAGACUUCAGGCUGAGGGAGAGGGCCAAGUACAACAGAUCCGUGAAGAGAUGGAGCUUGAGGACCUAGCUAAGAUGUACAUGAGAGAGACCAUUAAGAAUGAAUGCUGGGAUUCUAUGAUCAACAAAGGACGAAGCAUUAAGGCCUUCCACUUCCCUCUGGAUGUGAGCAACUACCCGAUGAGAGAGAGAAGCAAGAAGGAGAAAGAGGAUUUAGAAUUUGUCACCAACGUGAGGCGCAUUGAGGUCGCUGAGAUGGCUGCAAGGAAGGAAAUCAUUGAGCUUGGAGCCAGUACAUCUGGUGAGAAUGAGGAAGGAGACGAGGAGUCUGAAGAAGGAGAAGCUGCAGGGGAUCCAGCAGCUAUCACCGGCUCCUUGGGAGCUCAGUACGGUGGAGCCAAUGAUCUCUUCUACAGUCAGUUUGAGCUACAUACCAGGCAGCAGAAAAACAACCAAAUUGUGCUACUUCAGGAUGCAAUCUAUCGCAUCAAGCAGACCUACAACAAGAUCUUUGAUGAGGUUUACAAGCAGCGAGAGCAGGAGAUUGCUCGCAUCGAGGAGAAGAAUGUCCGUAUCACCAAGAUUCUAUCUGAUCUAACCAGUAAUGAGAAGAUCUGGCAGCCGGGCAUGGAUGCUGAUGAGAAACCUGAGAAACUACUCACUGUAGAAGAUUCAGAGGUUUCUGGAGAGAAGUUUGUGAGUGCUGAUCAGAAAGCUAAGAUGGAAGAAGAAGCUAAGCUAGAAGAAGAGAAGAAGCUGGCUGCCAAGGGAGAUAAUGCAAGGGAGAGGGCUCUGGAUAUGAUGAUGGGUGGGGUGCUGGAGAUCAAGAAAGAGGAUGAACUCAAGAAGGAUAUUCCAAUACCUAUCUUCAUGACAGUGAAGGGGUCUGAUGAAUGGAGUGAUGAAGAGAAGAAGAUCGCAGUGGAGUUUGAGAAGAGGGUCAAGGAGCUCAGUGAAGAGAGGGAGAAAUAUAAGAAGACCCUUGAGGCAGAGCUGAAGAAGCUUCAGACCAUCAUUGCAGACACCACAGCUAACUUUGAUGAGAAGCUCAUGACUCUCUUUGCUAAGAAGGUCAAGACAGAGCUGGCUAUAUUUCAGGAGGAACUGAAGAUCCUUCGUCUGAGUCGAGUGUUGAUGGUAGAGGAUGAGCUUGAUGCGAGAGAGGAAGAGUUAACAAGACUUCUCAAUGCUAAGAGAUCACUCAAGGCAUCUAGUGUGACAUCCAUGGCCCAAGCCAAGAAGCAGGUUGAGCAGUACCGUGAUACCUAUGACAUCAGGGUCGCUGAGGAUAAGGUCAUGGAGAAGAACUUCCGCAAGGAGUUCCAUGAUGUCCAUCCGGUGCUCGUUGAUCAGCUCUUCAAGCUCUACAGGCGUAGACCAAGAGGUCAGAAGCAUGCACGAAAGGGCUCCCCAACCACUGAGACGCCUGUCCAGGCUGCGGCCAAUCCUUAUGGAGAACGCCCCCUAUCUGCUCGUCAACCUCACACCACGGCGUCAAUGGUGAGGGCUCUGGAGGAACUCAAUGAUGAGAGUCAUAUGCCAGAGGGCAUUGAACCUCACACCUGGAAGCACAUGUGUGACCUCCGCACAGCAAAGGUCAUCGGUGAGCAAGAGGUGAAAGCCCAUGCUCUGACUCUAGCUGAUAUGAAUGGCUACUUACAGCGACGUCAGGAAGAAGAUGAGAGACUGCGGGGUGACAUCGAUGAUCUGCUGGAAUCUCUCAAUAGGCUGCGUGAGGAACGUCUGAGAUUCACCUGUAACCUGGAGGUACAGCUAGUCCUGAAGCAAGGUCAGGUGGAGAUCAAUGUGGAUGACUUCAUCUCAGACUUUGAUGACAGCGUGCUGCUUCAUCGUAGUGUGGUGGAAGAUCUCAAUGCCAGUAUUAGGCAACUUGGAGAGCUGAAGAUCACGGCGAUGAAAGAGAGUAAAGACUUCAGAAAGGGUAUCCACAUCUUAGAAUGGGAGCAUAAGAAGAUGAUAAUGCAAAUAGAAGAUUUACUGGAGAAAGCCAAACUCAUUCAGAUGUUAAAAGUGUCAAGAGAACUGCAAGGGUUUCUUCAUAAUGAGGAUCUUGAAGGGAAGAAGCAGCAGCAGAUACAAACCUUAGAACACACACUGGAAAACCAGAGAGGACAUCAUGACAAGACUGUAGGUGAGAGGAAACAGACCAUCACUAAACUGAAGCAUGUCAUCCGUCAAAAACAACAUGACAACUCCACACUGGACAGAGAACUAGAAGAAAUGACUGUCAUGGUCUCCGAGAGAAAACACAUCAAUAAUGUCAACGCUGCGGCAAGAAGCGAUACAGGUUCUGCCAAGCGGAUGCAGGACAUUGUCCAGAGACGGAAGCUGGUUGACCUUGCCAAGGCGCAGGCCCAAGAGGUCGCUGUCCUCAGAGCGGAGGUGGAGAGACUCCGUAUGCGUACCUUCCCUGCACUGGUACAGGUCGAGCGCUAGAUCCUCCAGAAGUCAGGGGUCAAGGGUCAGACAUAUGACAUUUUAUGUUUUUCUUCACAUUUCCACAAUUUGCAUUCGUAUGUCUCUGUACUAUUACAAGUUGACAAUCUGAUUUCACAGGGGGUCUAGGUUCAUGAUUCAUAUUGGACUGUUUAUUUCCUUUGGAUUUUGUUCUACCUUUCAUUCUAUGUUUUCUACACUGGUGCACUUGGAGGGCCAGAUCUUAAGGGGGUCAACGUUCAAGGGUCAUAUACAUUGCUUCCCCCCCCCCCCCCAGUUUUCAGUUAGUCAAGUCAAGUGCCUUUCAGAAUGGCAGGGUACGUUUAGGGGAAGUCAUCACAAUACCAAUAAGAAGACUGGACAGAAUUUCAAACAAUAUCACAUUGCAACCUUUAUGUGCGGGUAAUACUAUGACAAUUUUAUUAUUGUGACAAAUCUGACAAAUUUGCCGUUAUAUUCAUGAAAUAUGUGAAAUGGUAUUUGUUAGAAAACCUAUAGUGCUGUUUGCAACCAGUAUGAGAUAAAGUACAUAUGUCGUUGGUUGCAUGAAUUUCUUAUUUCACACAAACUUCUGGACUUUGAAAGUAACUGUUUUCGCUAACGUUUGUUCACUGUUUUUAAGAAAGAAAUAUGUGAAGUAAUAUUUCUUCUGACGAAUGAAACAAUAUGUACAGAAAACCUUUGAAAAUUAUAACUGGAUUUUGACUAAUGAUAGUUGGUAACAGAUGGUCAUUCUGAAAUACAAAUACUUUUGUAAAAAAAAGAGUGAUUAAGUUAAUUUGCAGCUAUCCACAAAGUAUAGCAAAACAUUACUUGAUUAUAUACCAGGCUUACCUUCUAUUUUGUUAAAUCAUUCUGUUAUUCUUUACCACAACGCUGGAACAUUUUAGAAAAAUGCCUUAAAAGAGCCUGCUGUGUGGAAGGAACCAUAACAUCUAUCUAAAUCUAUGUAUAUAAGUUCUUGCACAUAGUGUGAUUAGUAUUUUGGUUAUUGCUUAUCAUAAUCAACCCCAUUUUAUAUACUAUUUAAAAAAUGAAGUAUAUGUCUGUCCAUAUUCCACUCCGUCCUUGACUAUUGUAAAUAGAGACAAUAUUGUAUUGUUUUGUUUUAAUAUUAUUACAAAUAUGUUCAUUAAAUAAUAUAAACAUAUAGAGCUGUCAUAUUUUAUAAAUAUCUUAUUUUGAGAAUUGACAUUCCUUUCAAUUCACAUUCAUCAAAAUUUCAGAAUGUAAUAUAUUAUUGAUCCUAUAUCAGAAAAUUUGUCUAAGUAUAUCUAAAAAUAUUUGUUAUAUUUGUUAGUAGUACAUGUAUGCAAUCUUAUUGAAGUGUUUUGGUUUCAAUAAAAUUUGUUUGCUUUUGGCACAUUGAAA